AUGGCAAGCCCAAAAUGCAGGCUCGAAAGAGAACCGCCUAGUGCUGAAGCAUUGGAAAUAGCCAAAAACGAACUAAGAGAAACACCAGAAGUUGUCCAGGAAGCUUUAAAAAAACUCCGAGAGCUCAUAGAAAACGAUCCUACAAUUAACUUCAGGACAGAUGAUGAAAUCCUAAUUAUUUUUCUUCGUCCGUGCAAAUUCUAUCCAGAAAGUGCCCUCGCAUUGAUGAAGAGAGUUGCCGACUUCAAAGACAAGUACACUCUGAUAGCCGGUGUGAGGCCAGAUGAUGAAAAGUCUUUGAUAUUAGAACAUAAAACUGUAAAUAUCAUGGCCAACAGGGACCACAAGGGAAGGAGAGUUCUCAUCGCAAACAUUGGCGGAUCUUGGGAUACUAAAAAUAUAUCAGGGGACCAAAUUUUUAGGUUGUUUUACUUAAUACAUGUUGGAGCAAUGUUAGAACCUGAAACUCAGAUCCGAGGAGUUGUUGUCAUCCUCGACUUUGAUGGUCUUGGUAUGAGACAAGUUGCACAGCUGACUCCCAGCUUCUCCAUGAGGCUACUCAAUUUUAUUCAGGAAGCUAUGCCAUUAAGACUGAAAGAGGUUCACAUUGUCAAGCAACCAUUUAUUUUCAAUGUUGUAUGGAAAGUAUUCCAGCCAUUCAUUAGGGAAAAGCUAAAAAGCAGGUUGUUUUUCCAUGGAUCCAAAAUGGAGUCUCUACAUAAACACCUCGACCCAUCAUGUUUACCAGCCAACUAUGGAGGUAAACUUCCACCUUUCGAUUAUUCAAGUGCUGAUUGGUACCCAAUAUUGAAGGGUAUUGAGAGCAAUGUUGAUGAAUGGAACUCUUGGGGAAACAAGAAGUAA